UCCGACAUGGUCUAUGGACAGAGAGCUUACCUAGUUUCAAGAUCACUAAGAGGCACCUCUGGAAAACAGUGCUUGACAUUUUUUUAUCACAUGUAUGGAGCUGGGACUGGAUUAUUGAGUGUUUAUCUAAAAAAGGAAGGUGAUGAUGAAGAGAUUCCUUUGUGGAGAAGGACAGGGGAACAAAGCAUCUCAUGGCUAAGGGGAUUGAUAGAAUAUGAAAGUGACAGAAACUACCAGAUUAUUUUUGAGGUGAUCCGCGGUGUGUCAAUAAGAAGCGACACUGCUAUUGAUGAUGUUCUGUUCCAGGCAGGACCCUGUUUAGUAUUUCCCCUUUCUCUGUAUUCUAGAAGUGGAAGAAAUUCAGUUCUCAUCGGGCUAUCCUGACAGCUUAAACGAAAUUGAGUAUUAAAUAAUCUGCUGAAAGGAGUGAAGUGCAUAGAAGAUUUGUAUGUGAGAAACUGCACAAACUGCCUAUUUUAAGAUAUGUUUUAAGUAAAUAUUGGACUGGUUUGAAUAUGCACCGAUGUAUAGGAAGAACUAAAAGCACUCCUGUUCCUCGCCUUUGCAAUGAAAUUAUCGACUCAGGGCUUCUUAAGAGUGUUGGGGUUAUUUUUUCUCUUUUGCAUGAGGUAUCAGUUAUUAUAUAAAGGCUCUCCAUUUUGCACAGAUCAUUAAUUUUAAUGCUUUUAUUUUUUAUUUUUUAACCUUUUUGAUAUAUAGGUAAAAAGAGGAAAUGCACCAUUAAAAUCCAAUAUUGUGUUAUCUUAAAUCUGCAUUCAAUGAAUGUUUUGUG